AGUGAUCUUGAGGAGUGCGCCAUGAAGAAACCAACCUACAUGGAUUUAUCUGCACCUGUGAAUUCGCCAUCAAAGAAACUUGAAGAAACUCCACUUAGACGUAUGGAGAUGAUGACAAACUCAUCAGCCUUUAGUACCUCGUCGAGCAUCAAUGACGUAGUUGAAGCGCCAGCGAAUGGAAUCUGCAAGAAAGAUGAGCGAUCGGCGAAAUUGGAGAAACUUGGGGAAAUGGAGCGACAGGUUGAAGCUGAAAGACUGCGAGUCGAGUGGGAAAAGGAAGUCCAAGCACAUGAGGUAGGAGAUCUCACUUUCUUCUACUUGCUGUGGACGUACGACCCAGUACCAAGAUAG